AGUUAACUCCAUUGAUCCAUGGAAAAGGGAAAAAGUUGAAGCUUCCGACUCCGAGCAGAGGCCAGGUCAAGGUAACAGGACACGCCACUUUAUAUUAAGAUCGCCCCUAUUGUAACAUUCUUUACUAUAAAUCUGUUUCUGUGUCCUUUCAAUUCUUUUUCUGCAUCUUUUCUAAAAACUUGUUAAAGAUCACGUUUCUUACUUGUCAAGAUGGCCGAUGAACCAACUCUGCGACAGCGAAAGCCUCAGCCCAAGAACGAGACUGAAUCUGAAGUCUCUCAGCCUUCGACUCCGCCAAAAAAGGGCAAGAAAAGGUCCUCGGCCAAGGUCGAUGAAGAAGACCCAUGGGAUGGCUACUCCCCUUACCUCGAUGUCGUUCGUGUCAUCAGCUUCAUUAUCGUGGCCUCAAUGGGUCUGAGCUAUGUUAUUAGCGGAGGAGAGAGUUUCUGGUGGGGACACAAGAACAAGCCUAACUGGAUGACCCAGAGAUUCUACAGGGACUUGAUUCUUGGACCUCCACCACCUGUAUAUAUGACCUUGGAGGAACUCUCCCUCCACGACGGUACCGACCCCGAUAGACCUCUUCUUCUUGCCAUCAAUGGUACGAUUUAUGAUGUCUCCAACGGCCGCCGCAUGUACGGUCCAGGGGGCUCCUACAGCUACUUCGCUGCUACCGAUGCUGCUCGCGGUUUCGUGACCGGCUGCUUUGCUGAUGACCAGACCGCCGACCUCCGUGGCUAUGAGGAGACAUUCCUGCCGCUCGACGAUCCUGAAAUUGACUCUCACUGGACACCCGAGGCCCUCGCUGAGCUUAAGAUCAAGGAGAGAGAAGAGGCUAAAAAGAGGGCCGACGCCGCGCUCCAGCAUUGGGUCGACUUCUUUGCCAACAGCAAGAAGUACACCAAGGUGGGAUAUGUGUAUCGGGAACCCGGCUGGCUGGAGAAAGAGAAGCCCAAGAAGCUCUGUGACCAGGCUCAGAGAAGCAGAAAGACCAGAAAGAUUCCCAAGAAGGAUUGAUCCUUACUCACGCUGGCGAUGUUGUAUCUUUGUUUUUAUUUUUUAGGAGCAGCAUUCUCUUCCAAACCCAACUGGGCCAAGGCUUAAAAAGCAUGAUUCACAUGACCGUGAAACGUUAGGAACUUCAAAUUGAGGGAUAAUGAGGAUGAUCUCUCUAAUGGUUUUGGGUAUUCUUGGUUAUCUAAACGUUCAACCUUGAUACACUCUCCCGUUAAACCCAGCCGUAAACACCGUUGAUGACUGUGCCUAUCCCGAGGCUGCCCAACCGUUCCAGCAAUUGGUACAAAUAUUGUUAGACCAAGCCAAAACUCGGGGAACCCCUUGCUAUAGCAAGGUCUUCCUAUGGUAUAUGACUGACUAACAAAUAUCCCCAUUAAUUGUUCCCAGCAUUAUGUCCAUCCAUUCAAAAGUUCGUCAUGCGCUCAGCUUAUAGUACAUACAUAGCAGCGGCACCAACUGCGAGCAGCAUCGAAAUAGGGGCCUUCAGCUCAGCAGCAGCAGCAGUGACCACAGGAUCGCCCGAAGAACCAGAUGUGGGAGUGCCAGUAGCUCCAGGGGCAGAGACCCCAGUUGGCGUGCCAGAGCCAUCCUCGGAACCGUCAUCGGAGCUGCCGUCAUCGGAGCUAUCGUCGCCGGAGGAGCUGCCGUCGUCUGAGCUAUCGUCUCCGGAGCCGCCACCAGAGCUACCGCCUCCAGAACCGCCUGUGUUGGUGCCAUUACCACCAUUUCCGCCUUGUGGAGAGCCGCCACCUUGAACAGGAACGACUUCGGAGACUGUAGCCGAACUGCAGAGGCUCUUGUAGUUAUUGAGCGAUCUUGUAGCAUUGGCAGAUGUGCUGGAUGACGUUUAGUAAAGAAACCUGACAUAAGGUCGUAACAGACUCACUUUUCGUUGAUAACCAUCGACAUUCCACCCUGACAGUGUUUUGCCUUGCUGCAGAAUAGCCACAUAGGCUUCUUGUCCUUGACCAUGAUGGUGUAAGUGGGAAUCAUGCCCUUGGACAUGCUAGCCUCUACAGGUUGGUAGCCAGAGUAGAUGCCAGUGACGUUCGACAUAACGUUGCCAAUAGGCACACAAGGGUCGUCGAAGGUAGACUGUGUCACUGUGUGGUUACCAGCCCAAAAUUGAAACUGAACCAUGGUUCCUGGCUCUGCUGUGAUCUUUUCAGGCCAGAACCUGAGGCCGGUGGCAUUUGUUGCUGAGUUUCUACCAACCGAGACGACUUGGACAUCGACAGCUAAGAGGACUGUUAGUUGAUUCUUCUUCUUUAUGGCGUCAUGGGCACACACCUUCAGCAACAGCCGCAAGGGCUACAAUAGCAAUGUGAGAGAAAUACAUAAUGAUUAGAGAUUUGGGAUUGUGAAUAUUUGGAUAGAGGCAAAGGAAGGGCACUCUGGGAGGUGUUCAGAGAUGGGAGCAAAAGAAAAGAAGCGGCUUGCGCUCAAGGACUAGCCUCGUCUAAGAAAGUAACAAGAAGAAUUAAUGAAAGAUUGAAAGAACAAAGGAAACGCGUCCAAUGAGAACAGGACCAGACUGUUGAUUAUGGAACGAGAUGGAGAGAUGAGGAGAAACAAAACAAAAGAGACGAGACGGAUUGGUAUAUAUACAUCGAUCUAGCUUAGAACUUGGCCUAUGAUGGCCUUGACCCUGAUUACGAGUUUCGAAGCACAUCUGAAGCACGCCUCUCUACGGCGCCGAAAGAUGGAUCUUGGGGCUUCCGUCUCGGCUCCUCGGUAGACUUACAGGACAGGCGUAGUAUGAGACACUGUUAACAAGGCUUUGCUGGAAGAGUUGAGAAAUGAAACAAAUAGUGCUGGGUAUGUCUUGGCUAACUUUGGUAUGGCUUGGGAACUACCCAGGUUAUAUGUCAGGUUCAGAUAUCGAGCUUAACGACAUAAAAUUCGCAACUGAACACAGAAGAUCGACUAUCGCAACUCGGAUAAACGAUUAUGAUGGCUUCCUCUGAUUCGUAUUCCCAUUGUCAGCAUUGACUUGGUGGUCUUUCUGUUCAAAAUGAGUUUGUUCAUUUUGUUGGUCAACUCAACUGAGAAAUCAACCCAUGGCGCUUAGUAUGUCUAUUAUCCAGACCUAUACCAUAACAGACUAACAACUGGAUAUUUUCGGUGACUAUAGGCCUCGGCUCCAGGCCCAACCGUGUCGGAGCAGAUCGACCAGGGGUUCGUCUGCUUCGGAAGUGCCUCAUCCGUAAUAUCUUGAGACGAAUAUAGUUUCGCUGUCACUAUUGGUCCUUAAAGAGUUUAAGGGCCUAGAGGGCCACAUGGGUGUAAAGCUGCCGUACGGUAAUUUGAAACUUGAGAGCCUUGGCUUUCUCUUGACGCAGAAUAACAUUAUUUGAGUCCGCACUGACAUUGCAUUAGUUUGUCGGGUUUCAGUUGCGAUGUUUCGUGUUGGUUGCAGAUUCCAAACGCACCUAAGUAUGUGGGGGGAUGAGCUGUUGGAGUAUGUAUUGCCAUUUGGAACACCCCAGUUUUAUUAACUUGCUAUGAUUAAACUCCUAAACCGAUCUUAUUUACACGAGAUGUUAGACCAUUUUCGGCUUGCUCAAUAGGCGGCUAAAGAUCGUCCUUAGCCAGUGUUGAUUUUGAGGCUCACAACGGAACUUCUUAGAC